UUUUGUUAGAAUAGUUUUAGUUGUUUCCUACCUUUUAAUUAGUUAGUUUAGCUAUUUCUCGUUUUGUUAGAAUAGUUUUAGUUGUUUAACUUGAAUUUGAAUUUCCUAGAUAAUAGGCUGAAACCGAGUAAUAGUAAAUCUAGAGACUCGUGAAUACGAUAAUUUUAUUACUUGUGUCUUAAUAUUACAACUAUAUUUUUGGUUCACUUGCCCAUUACAAGGAAUGUAGUUUGUAGAAACCAAAUAUACAGUUUGAUAUUGAAUCCGCUCCACAAAAAUAUUACUCCCCAUCGCGCCAAUCUUACAAGUUCGCGGUUGAACGUAACUGCCCGUAAACGAGCAGAACAGAGUAGUCAAAACUCAAAAGUGAAAGCAAAAGCAAACCCCAGAACUCACGCAGGGAGAUGUUGCGGAAAUGCUUCACCACCGUGGCCACCUUCUCCUCGUUCACAUCGACCCGUACUCUCAAGAAGAAGAAAUGCGACGCGCUGGUGAUCGGCGGCGGCCACAACGGCAGCUGCCGCCGCCGUUACUGAAGAGAUCAUACCUGCCUUCCAGUUCUCCAGAUGCAGCUACCUCACUACCUCCACAGUCUCCUUCGCCCCUCCGUCGUCAAAGAGUUGGAGAGGCAUGGAUUGAAGAUGUUGGAAGGAACGCAUUCUCUUUCACGCCUUCCGUUGAUGGCCGCUACAUUCUGCUUGGAACCAAAGCCGAUCACAACCAUGCAGAAAUUUCUCCAAAAGGGACGCCGACGAUUAUCCGAGAUUCUUUGGAUUACAUAUAAGCUGACUAACUAUGGAAAACAUGGUUCACUACGUUUGUAGGUGGUCCUUGCUGACGGUAUGCAAGUUCUAUAUCGAGUUGUUCUGUCUAAUGCCACUCCUUGCAAAACUUUCCUGGUAAAGCGUUGUUCUAGCUUAUGCACCAGAUCAGUUUGGACGAAAGAGCAGUCAUAUCACCAAUUCAGUUUCUUAUUCUCCAUCUCAAUCACAGGAAUUGUUGCCAAGCGAUGUUCUCCCUAGCGAUUUCAUCUUGUUGCUGAAGAAUUCCAACUUCAUCUCCGACACCAUACAAGCCAUCAGAUGGAAGCUGGAAUGAGCCAAUGUACAUAGUGAGUGUCGAGUCAUGCAGAACUACUUCCAUUUUAGUCAUGGGCUUUGGAGGAUACCUGUAAUCGCAGUUUAUGUUGAAAUCCAUCAUUUCUGCAGGAAGCGUAUGCAGAAAGAUGUUUCAG